AUGGCCUGUCUCCUCUCCCACCUCCCGACCUGCCUGCGGUCUCUCGCCGAGACCCACGCGUCGUCGCUCUCCGCAGAGCACGCUCAGUGCUUCGGAGUCGCGUUGGUCUCCCUCGUCGCCGUGUACGUGGGGUACCUCUAUAUCCUAGGUCGGCGAGAAGCAGCGGUCUCCUUUAAUGUUCCUUUGCCGGCUGAGGUGCGGAAGGACACGCCUGGCAGACAAUGGGAGGAUGCUCAGGGGCAGGAGAAGCGGGUGUUGGAGGAUCAGGUUCGCGGGAAAUGGAAUGAUAGUCUCAUCAUGAGUUACUGCCCCGCGGACGGACGUGUUCUGGGCAACGGAAUCAAGCCUGCAACUGUGGAGGAUGUCAAUGAAGCUGUGCGAGCGGCGAAAACGGCACAGGUCGAAUGGGCAGCGACUAGCUUCGCAGAACGACGAAAGGUGCUGCGUACAUUGUUGAAGUACGUCCUCGAUCACCAGGAUGAUAUCGUCACCGCGUGCUGCCUCGACUCGGGCAAAACCAAAGUGGACGCCUCGUUCGGCGAGAUUCUCGUGACGGCCGAAAAACUGAAGUGGACCAUCGACCACGGCGAGAAGGCGCUGAUGCCCGAACGCCGCCCGACCAAUCUCCUCAUGAUGUACAAGAAAAACAUGGUUACCUACGAACCGCUGGGCGUGGUGGGCGCGUGUGUGUCUUGGAACUAUCCCUUCCACAACUUCAUUGGGCCUGUGAUCAGUGGACUUUUCGCGGGCAAUGCGGUUGUAGUCAAGCCCUCUGAGCAGACGGCGUGGUGCUCAGCUUUCUUCUUGGAUAUUGUGCGCGGCGCGCUCGCGAGCUGUGGCCAUUCUCGGGAUCUGGUGCAGACGGUCGUUACUCUUCCUGCUGUUGCCGAUGCCAUGACUUCGCACCCGGAUAUUGCCCAUUUGACCUUCAUCGGGUCGCGCCCUAUCGCGCACAAGGUCUGCGCGUCCGCCGCUAAGUCGCUUACUCCCGUGGUGGUCGAGCUGGGUGGCAAGGACCCGGCUGUCAUCCUGGACGAUGCGGUGACGGUUCGGAAUCUGGCUUCGAUUUCCUCAGUGCUCAUGCGCGGCGUGUUCCAGUCUGCCGGGCAGAACUGUAUCGGUGUAGAGCGUGUCAUUGCUCUCCCAGGUGUAUACGACCGUCUCAUCGAGCUCGUCGCUUCCCGCAUCCAAGCCCUCCGUCUCGGCUCGAUCCUCCUCGACACGGCCACAACCCCCGACAUGGGCGCUAUGAUCUCCCCCGCAUCCUUCGACAAACUAGAAGCCCUCAUCGCCGAAGCCGUCGAACAAGGCGCCCGCCUACUCGCCGGUGGCAAGCGGUACAGCCACCCGCAGCACACCCACGGCCACUACUUCACCCCAACGCUGUUGGUAGACGUGACGGCAGAAAUGCGGAUCGCGCAAACCGAACUCUUCGCACCCGUCUUUCUCCUUAUGCGCGCCGAGUCCGUUUCCGACGCGAUCUUCAUCGCAAACUUCACGCCGUACGCCCUCGGCGCCAGCGUCUUCGGCCACAACCGCCGCGACGUGCAAGCCUGCGUCUCUGGAAUCAGCGCGGGAAUGGUCGCCGUCAACGACUUUGGCAGCUACUACGCUGUCCAGCUGCCGUUCGGCGGUGUGCGCGGAUCCGGGUAUGGACGGUUUGCGGGCGAUGAGGGCCUGCGUGGGAUGUGCAAUCUCAAGGCUGUCUGCCAAGAUAGGUUCCCCCGGCUGGUAGGCACUGCUAUCCCGCCCAGAGUGGACUAUCCUAUCCAGAAACGGGAGGGUGUCGCCGGUGCAACGGAUGGUACGUCUGCCUGGGAGUUGUGUAAGGGUGUUGUCGAGACGGGGUAUCAGUUGACGCUGGGUGGGCGUGUGGCUGGGAUUAUUCGGCUGUUGAGGAAUAUGUAA